AUGGCUUGGCUACAGCUUCGGACGAAUGCUCCAGGCCUUCCAGGGGGCUUUAUCGUUGAGGAUCGAUCGGUCUACAACGCGACAUGUGCGUCAAAGGUGCUCACUUUCUUGACUUGCCCGAAAUCAGAUGCCGAAGACGUCAACCUGAGAAAGCUGGAUAACGAAAGCUUCAUCAUCGAAUGCCCUCUUUUUGCAGCAAUCCGAACGAGAGUCAAAGCCGGUCCCGUUUCGUCACGAUACACGAAGCAUUUCUUAAGCAGGAUUACGCCAUCGCCUAUAGUUGUCAAACAAUUAUACGCUCAAGCAUUCUGUCCACUGAGCCACUUGGUGGCUCUAUUCGUUGAUGAUCUAGGCGGAUUGUCAAAGUCGGCCGAAGUCCUAGCGUCUCUAUUAUACGAAUGGAAUACGCUGGGCAUGAGCUCAAUGCCAUGCCUUCUCGUAGUCACCGAUGACGGGGACAUCACUGAGGACGCUUUCAUCAGAGAAGUCACCUUGUAUUAUUUGGAGCUGCUGAGGCAUUCUGCUACUGACAUGCCACCGACUAACAUACGCGCCAAAAGCACGUGGACCUCAAAUUUUCAAAGCAUCACCAUCGUCACGGUGCAGGGGGAGGACUUACACUACCAUUUAGUGAUAUACUCGGAAGAGGUAUACCUGCAUAGACAGCAGAGCUAUUUAGCCUUUUCUCCAGAGACCUUUCACGAACUCCUCCUUUGCCGUGGAGCAGAACUGCUCCAGGGCGAUGAGCGGUUAAAUCUCGUAGGCUCGCUACGAUCGGAGUCACAGCAACUCAUCCCGUCACUUUUCGUGCCAUAUAUGCGCGGAUUGUUGCGCACGCAAGAAGAGUUUCCUGAUUACAAUUGGCAAAGUCUUUUGGCCUCUUCCCUAGCAGUUGACAGUCACCAGUCCUCACAUCAUAUCUUCCAAGCCGAAUUCGUCUUUGAGGAGGUCUACGAGCCAAUCCUUCACCACCUUGCGCGUGAAGUUCGACAGCCAGAUCUGGCGGCCGUGGUGAAGCAAUACUUUUGCAAUUUGGUCAAAAAGGCUGAAGCCAACCCUCAGCGUCUGACAAAGAGGAUGAAGGCUUCUCGACCAGAGGUGAUAGAAGCGGAGAUUACCAAAUUAUGGCCAUUAAAUCCGGUCAUCAGAGUAGACCACGACUCAGACUCAUCCCCGCUUGAGGAAAGUUCGCAAGCAAACAUGGCAUUUCCCGCGCUUUUUUAUGUGGAAGCAUGUGAGAACGCUAGGUCAACAUCAAUGCAGCUGAUGGCAUUCUGCUCGAUACCGCCAGGAGCUCAUCUUCAACGGAUUGCUAUGCAUUUGCGAAGCAAUGGAACCAGACUGCAUUAUGGAGACGAAGGACGAUGGUCUGAAGAGGAACUGUGCGACAUCUCCACAUGGGAUCGCGUUCGGUCUGGCGGAUCCUUCACCAAACAAAUCAACUUCAACCAUCCUAAUCCGGCACUGAUACAAGCAAAGCUUGACGGUCUUCUCGAAAACACAAGUCUCCUGGGUAUUCAAGUCGUACAUCUUCCCGCACAAGUUGACCGUAUUGAGUUGAAAGAAGGUGACUUGCCAUUUCAACGUCAGUCUGAGGAGAUUAGCUGCUCUGAAUCCUGGAGCUCUGCGCCCAACUCAGAUGAGGAGAGUUUUCAGUUACGCCCGCUUAUAAACAAGAUCGAGAUUGGAUCCAAAACGAGGGAUAUUCCUUCAGCUAGAUCUCACAUUAUGCUAGAACAACGUACAACUGGCCUUCUUCGGAGAAGUGAGGCCGUGGAGAUUGUGGAAGCACAAGAGAAUCAAUCUUUGAAUUGUUCCGAAUCUACGGAAACAGUCUCGUUGGAGGGCAAUAAACUCCUUUGCCAAGCGAUUGAUAACAUGUUAAACAAAUUGGGGGACAUGCGUGUGAGGUAA